AUGGCAUUGCAGAAAGUGGGGUAUAACCUCGACCGUGAUAACUUCAAUGAGGACCUAGGAUCAUUCACUCUUAGGAGAGAUAUUGCCCGACCAGUCGAUACUCGACCAGAAAAACCAGGUUUUCAAGAUGCGCGCCCUCUGAAGUACAAGACAUUAGAGGAAGAAUACCUUGAUGAGUUCAAACGCGCCCGGCGUCAGCGGAUGAACAUGAUGGUUGAAAGAUCCGGCACUAGAAAACGCAAGAGAGGUGAUCCUGACCCCACACUCACGACUGUUCGCACUAUCCUCGAGAUGCCGAUACCCGUUGACAUCAGGCAACUGGAUGGAAACCGUAUCGAUGCCGACACGCAUCUGCAAGCGACUAACCGAAUCAAGCAAAAAUGCCUGGAAUACGUUAACAUGACUGACGAGACUCGAGCGACUCAAGGUACCCAGAAAUGGUUGGAAUUGAAGGAUUUAUAUGCCUAUUACAAGCUACAGAUGCCAGAGGAUGAAAUGGAAGAUCUUGAAGUAGAACCGACUCCUGGAGAUGAUGGCGCGGCGGGUGCUGAAACGGCGGAUGUGGACCAAGCGGAUCAGGAGAUGCCUAAUUAA